AGAAACUUGUCAAAUCAUUAAUUUGAAUUUCAAAAAUUAUAACUACACCAAGCUGUAAUAUUAAAAUAUGGUUUUUGGGGAAAUUGUCGAACCCAGUACAAGGGCGCUAAUUGAUGAAGACUUAGAAGAGUAUCCAGAGUACACUGAAUCAAUUCCAGACUGGGAAGGCAGUACAGAACCCCCGGGAAAUAUAGAUACCCUUAUUUUUAUCGAAACAGGAAGAGUUACAGGAAUUUUUCGAAACUGUGUUCUAGGAGAUCAAAAAGCCAAUUCGAAAAUAAAUAAUGCAGGCAUUGAAAUCUUUGACAUAACCGCACACAAAUAUUUGGUAGUUUUCACGGAAAAGAAAGAAUUUACUUGUGGCGAAAUAGUAGAACUACUGGAUAGGUGGAUAAGGGCAGCUAAACAUAUAUAUACAAUAACAUCAGAGUCUAUAUAUAGUUAUCAGAAUGUUAAUUUAUAUGAAAAGCCAGUGUCAUUGGUAAAGGCAUUGUCUAACGAUGCAAACUCAAAAGGUUUUGGAUAUAGCUUGUUGGAACCUCCGAACUUGGUAACAGGUUUAGGAGCCAGCGUUUUAUCGUAUUGCGUUCAUAUAAAACUUAAGUGUAAUUUGUUCGUCAUGUACGUAGAUACAUCACCGUUGGAUUCUCUAAAUAUGGGGCCCCUUUUGCACCUUAUUAAAAAGUUGGACAUUCCGUUAAAAAAUACCGAUGUUAGGCUGUCACCGUCUUCUAGUAAUUUGUAUAUGUAGUGCAUUGCUUAAGUUAAUAAAUUUUAUUAAGUUAUGAU